AUGAUUUCUGCUACAGCUUGGGUCCCUAGAGGAUAUGCUUCUGAAUUUCCAGAAAAGUAUGAAUUAGAUGAUGCUGAAGUAAAAAGAAUUGAAAAUAUGGCUAACUUAAACCUGAAUGAAAUCGAUGUAGAAGAAGCCGAAAGAUUAGCUGCUGAAGAAGCUAAGGCAAACGAGGAUAACAAUGACGACGACGAAGGUGUAGGACAAGCAGAAGGUGAUGAUGCUGCUACUGAAUCUGCAUACAAUAAUCAGAAUGCACUAAGAGAUCAAGCAGAUAUAGAUAAUGAUAUGAAAGAAUAUGAAAUCGAGGAAGCUCAAUACACUGAAUCUAAUGGUGAAGGUGAAGACGUCACAAUGUUCCCUGGUUUAGCCAAUGAUAACAUUAAGUUUCACGAAGGUGAAAAUGGUGAGGAUCCAUAUUUGUCUUUACCAACUGAAACUGAAAACACAGAAGAAAAACAAGAAUUACAAGUGUAUCCAAAUGAUAACAUGGUCUUGGCUACAAGAACUGAAGAUGACGUUUCUUAUUUGGAUGUAUAUGUUUAUGAUGAUGGUGCUGGUUUCCACAGUGAUGAAAUUCCUCAAGAACAAGGUGAUGAAAUCGAUCCAGAUGUUGCAAAGGGUCUUGUGAGAGACUCUUCUUUAUACGUCCACCAUGAUUUGAUGUUACCAGCUUUCCCAUUAUGUACUGAAUGGAUCAAUUACAGACCAGGUAGCAAUGACAAUGAUAGUGUCGCUAAUUUUGCUGCCAUUGGUACAUUUGACCCACAAAUCGAAAUCUGGAAUUUGGAUUGUGUUGAAAAAGCUUUCCCAGAUAUGAUUCUAGGUGAACCUACAGACAACUCCAUUUCAUCAUUACAAGGGCAAAAGAAAAAGAAAAAGAGUAAAGGUCAACACAUCACCACUCAUCAUACGGAUGCAGUGUUAUCCAUGGCUCAUAAUAAACAGUUCCGUUCUGUUUUAGCUUCGACUUCUGCUGAUCACACUGUAAAAUUAUGGGAUCUUAACAACGGUAAUGCCGUCCGUUCUCUUGCAUCUAUCCACAGCAAUAAAAAUGUUUCUGCAUCCCAAUGGCAUCAAACUAACGGUUCAAUCUUAUUGACUGCUGGUUACGAUUCACGUGUGGCUCUAUCUGAUGUUAGAAUUUCAAAUGAAUCCGAAAUGUCUAAGUACUGGUCUGUAUCUAAAGGUGAAGAAAUCGAAACUGCUGUCUUUGCCGAUGAAAAUAUAAUAUUAUGUGGUACUGACUCUGGUAAUGUCUAUUCAUUUGAUAUCAGAAAUAAUGCCGAAUCUAGACCAGUAUGGACCUUGAAGGCUCAUGACUCUGGUGUCUCUACACUUUCUGUAAACAAUUUUAUUCCUGGUUUAAUGAGUACAGGUGCUAUGGGUGAAAAGGUUGUCAAGUUAUGGAAAUUUCCAACUAGUGAAGAAAGCUCUAAUAAAGGACCAAACAUGGUUUUAUCUCGUGACUUUGAUGUUGGUAAUGUAUUAACCACAUCUUUUGCCUCAGAUAUCGAAAUAUCAGGUACUAUGGUUAUCGGUGGUGUUAAUAAGGGUUUAAAGCUAUGGGAUGUCUUUUCCAACAGAACUGUUCGUAAGAGUUUCUCUGACGAAUUACAAGGUGUCCAACAAUUGGCCAGAGAAGAGGCAAAGAAACUAGGUAGAAGUUCAAGAAUAGCAAGAAAAUACAUAAAGAACGACAACCCCGAUACCGUCAUGCAAAUCGAGGACCAAGGUGAAGAUGAGGAAGAGAGAGAUGGAGAAGAAUAG